GGUAUCCCCUCUGCAAUUUGGAUUAGUUUAAGAGUUUAGACACUGGUAUUCGGCUAUUUGCUGCCCAAAAAUGGCCGAAACUGAUAGUAAAUGGAAGAAGACUGCUCUUCUGGUCAUAGACAUGCAGAAUGAUUUUAUCCUCCCAGGAGGUCCAAUGCUCGUUAAAGGUGGGCAAGCUAUUGUUCCCAACGUCAUCAAGGCUGUAGAGGUUGCCAGAGGCCGGGGCAUCCCUAUAAUUUGGGUUGUUCGUGAGCACGACCCUUUAGGGAGAGACGUCGAAUUAUUCCGUAGGCAUUUGUACUCUCCGGGGAAACCAAAACCAACAUCUAAGGGCAGUUUUGGAGCAGAAUUAGUUGAUGGCCUUGAAAUUAAGGGAGAUGAUUAUAAGCUGGUGAAGACACGUUUCAGUGCGUUUUUCAAUACCCACCUUCAUUCAUAUCUUCAGGGUGCUGGAAUUAGUAAUUUAGUUAUCACCGGUGUCCAAACUCCAAAUUGUAUCCGGCAAACUGUCUUCGAUGCAGUGGCAUUGGAUUAUCAAUCUGUAACUGUAAUUAUUGAUGCUACAGCUGCUGCUACACCUGAAAUACAUGUUGGUAUGCAAUGCAUGUCUUCAAUCACAUCACAAAUAUACUGGACAUGAACAACAUUGGAGUCACUGCGCCAACACUCGCAGAAUGGGCUGAAUCCAAUACCUGAAGUAUAGUCGGUGUCAGUCGGGUAACAGUAGAGUCCUUAAAGACUGAAUUUCAGCUGGUCAUAUCAUAUCCCAGAAGCUGAAUAUUGGGCUCUGCGCUCCCUGAUUUCAAGUAAUCAGCAGGUUUUUGCUUGCUUUGGUUUCUGUCAUUAUUGUGAUUCAGAAGUCUCUUUUGUUGGCUAGUUCGCAUUGAAUGCAGAUGGCUUCAGCUGUUGCUGCUCUGUUGUAGUUUCUCAUAUGUGUUCAGAACCGUGCCUUGGCUUUCUUCUUUUGGAACGUUUUUAUGUUUCUGACUUUGGAAGGCAAGAUGGAAAAGUUAAAUGGAGAAAAACUCCCCCGGGCAAAAUACUUGGGCUUGGCCCAACUGUAGCCGGUUAUUAGUGCUGA